CAUCCAAGAGGCUGCUGCCGUGUUAGGACCCGGCCUCAGUGAGACAGCCCACCGGAGACAUGGUGUCAUCUGUGAACGAAGCCGCUCGCAAACAGAGGCGGAAGGCCGGCCCGACCCCUCCAACAGAGGCGCGCGCGACGGCCCGGCACAGAAAGCAGACGCUCGUGUCCAAGUUGAGCGACUCCGGUUUCGAGGAAGACCUGGGAUCGUCCCCGAUUUGCUCCCCGGCUCGGGCGGACUCGACGGAGCCUCCCGCGGUACAGCUGUCCAACUGGUACCUCCAGUACGGCGAUGUGGGUUUCCAGAUCCAGAGGGACAACGAGGCGAAGUUUCAUUCCGGCAAAAGCUUGGCACGCCAGCCACAACUGACUGCGGAGGCCCGCUGUAAGCUCGUCAGCUGGCUCGUCCCCGUCCACAAACACUUCCGGCUGUCCUUCGAGUGCUGCUGCCUGGCGGUGAACAUCAUGGACAGGUUCAUGGCGUCCACGCCGGUGGCCGCGGACUGCUUCCAGCUGCUGGGAGUCACUGCGCUCCUCCUGGCGAGCAAACAGGUGGAAGUGGGCUCGCCGCGGAUCGGCCACCUCCUGGCACUGUGCUGCGACGCGUUCACCAAGGAGCAGCUCUGCAACCUGGAGUGUCUCGUCCUCCGUCGCCUGAACUUCCGGAUCGCCGCGCCCACGCUGGCCUUUUUCCUGGACUACUACGCCAACUAUCCGGACGCAAAGGGCCCCGGGCGGCGCUGCAACCUGGCGCGCAAGGUGUGCGAGUUGAGUCUGUCGGACUACGCGUUCAACAAAUACCCGCCGUCCCUGACCGCCCGCUGCGCGCUGAGGAUAGCCGGCGAGUUGCUGGAAGGUGAACAGGAGGAGCAGCGCGCACAGCCAUCCGAGCGCCCCGAGAUCUGUGAUGUGGACCCCCUGGAAGCGAAGGGCCACUUCCGGUCCCUGUUGGGUCAGGGGGGCCGCAACCACAAUCUGGCCCAGGAGUGCAAGGACAACCUGAGGUUGCUGGUGUCAUUAAACCAGGGGUCACUGGAAGUGAUGUCUGCCGUGUGAUGUCUACAUAAUGCGGCCGUAAAAGGCCAAAAAAAAACGCUAGAAAAACUUUGUGGGGGGGGGGGGGGGAUUCUAGCGUUUUUUAUUCUAGGGUUAAUAUAGAGGGGAAGUCUGUUUAUGCACAACCUUCUAAAGCGCAUGUAUACCGCAUAUACACCAUCAAUUAGUCGGUUGAACUGAAUGAACGUUUUACAUCAUAGCGUUUUAUUUAUUUUAGUCAUAUGUCUUUUGUUUAUCAAGUACAUUAAUAUAUAUGUUUUAAUAUAUUGCAGUCAUGGUUUACUGUGUAGCAUGGCGAGUUUACGGGAUGUGUUAUAACUGUUGCACCCUCUUUCAUGAAGAACCUGUAAAAAAAGAAUGCACUCAUUGAUUGAUUGUUUGUAUUGUAAGAAAUAAAUGAUCAGUGAAUU